UUUUUUUCAUUUUCGCACGACGAGAUUAACGUUCCCCGUAUAGAAACUAAUCCCUGAGACAGUAAAUUAUUCUUUUAACAACAAUCAACGGUUACAUUUACCCGAAUCGUGCUGGUCCUUUGAGCACAGAUUCCGAACUUGAUAACAACACGUUUAAGAAAAGCCAGUUACUACAGCUGACCCUCCUGGCUUCCUUUAUUCCGGUUUCUUCGCUUAUAUUGGCUGUCCGGCUCUUGGUAGUGUCUGGGAAAUAUCAGAUGUUAGUGCAUUCUUGAGAGAAUUAAUGAAGGGUUCAGCCCUGGAUGGACUAACGAGGUCUUAUUUGACUUUGUGAGUAACGGUGAAAAGGGCUGGAAAAAGAUCAACUCAAGUUUUUGUAUGAAUUGGUUAUUAGAUUUCAAAUGAAUAACGGAUGAAGUCGAUUAGAGACAAUUCCUGUUAGUUUUCGUUAAAAAAGAAUUUCUCGAGGAAGAUCGACUUGAGUCGACUACUCAGUGAUUCAAUAUACCUUAGAGUUAUUGAACUCUUUUCAAUUAACAUAAGAGGACAAAAACUUGGCAAAGAAGCAAAGCAGAACCUGGAAUGCCAGCUUUGAUUAUCUAAUAAUCUGCCAGUGUCCUACCCAAAUGCUUUAAUCUGCUUGGCCACGCUACCUAAAAAAACCAUGAGACUGUACAACAGUUUAAUUUUGAACGACUAGUAGAUUUACACUGAAACUAAAUUUCUAUGGGUGACAUUUGAUACGGGCCUCACCCUCACCACUAUCGCGCGACAGGAAUCGAGAAUAAAUUUUUUGUUGGUUUAAGAAAUAAUGUUAAAUAGAAAAAAUAUAUUAUUUGAUUAUUGUGGAAAACGAUGUCAGUAAUUUUUUUAAAAUGUUGUGCGUGGCUUGCCGGCCUUUCAGUAUAUCUGUUGCUAUCAGGAUGCCAUCCGCACAAUUUCUAGUAAAUCAGUACCUCUACUGCGUUGAUGCUCCAUUGAGAAAGCAUUACCUGUUGAUGAAUUAUCUUCAGAGAUAUUUAAGAAGAUAUAUAAUGGAUAAGCAUUGGUAAACCUUAUUUUCCAGGAGCUGCAAGCUUAUAGUUCUGGUCGGAAAUAGAAAACUAAAAACCGCUAACAAAAGAUAAUUGAGGAGCAGGAAAUUUUUCUAAGAUGUUUUUGGCUUUCUGACGCAGUUCCAGAGUUUGAAUCUUUUGUAAGCCACUUGAAAUAGAGACCUGUGUGUUUGUCGGCUGGAAUUCCGUUUUGCAUCUCUGCAAAACAAAAGGCAAUAGAAAAAAACGUGAUCGAAGAGAAAUGAAGUGGAACAAAUAUUUACAAAGCGCUGGAUGAUGUUACUAAUGUGCUUUACUAAAGCAUUAACGCGAGCUAUUCCGGCUAUUUAAGAGAUCAUAAAUGCUAACUUCUGCCUGUAAAUUUGGUUUUGGUUUAAAUCUAGUGGUUUUCCGGUCGGCUUUCUAUAAUUCGCGAAUCAGUUUGAGAAGGUACUAGAAAUUUGAUUAUUGUCUAUUUUGUCAGUCGAUAACAGUCAAUAUUGCCUCAGGGCUUGGUACAAGAAAGCUCCUCUUCUUCCAGAAGAAAACGUGCUUCAAGACAGGCACGCAAUCUAUGAACAUGAUUUAGCAGCUAUUAUUUGAUUGUACAAUGUUUUUAGGAAUCCUCCUGCACCCAUUUCGUGUUAAGAGGCCUUCGUCUCACAAGAUGUCCCAUUUGCUUUACGCCGUCAUUAACAGACGGCUACAGACCUCCUUCGACCACGUUAUUGUGUUUAAAGUAUUUCCUGCUUUCCUACUCUGAUUAAUUUCCUUCUCCGCUUUUAUCCUGUCUUAUUUCCCACGCCAUAUUCCCCAUCGAGUUUUCCGUGACCUUUCAGUUUUCAUCAAAACGCUUUGCGCUGUUGUUAAAAAUAGGUUUUAGUGAGAAGUCAAUUUGCGCUCUUUCGUUGAUGCUCGUUUAUUUAUUUUUUACCAAAUUUUAAUUCCCUUUAAUGCAUGCUUUAUUGUGACUGGAUUAUAAUGCACAAUUACAUGGUGGAAUAUAAUUAGUGUGCUUUGUUAGACAAGUUGUACAUGUAGAUGUCAUUAUAGCAAUAUAUCUUUUGUUUGAAGACUUUCGCUUCAUGAUAUCACGUUUGGAAGAGACGAGCUUUCCUUAGGACAUAUAAGGUGUUGAUUUGCUCUCGAUCAGUGGCUGAAGUACUUCCGCUUUGAUGGAGCUAUGCUGUAAACUAAGACGCUGAUGUAAGCAAUAUCAGCAGAACACCGGCGUUAAAUGAACUUAAAUGAUAAAAAUAAACGAAACUAAUUGUUUGGGUUUGGGUGUCUCGUUUGCAAUGUCCGUCGAAACCACUUGUAAAAAGGAAAGAACGUGGGAGAGUAGAAAAGUCAGUUUUGGAAAUGAAUCUGCAAAGUAAAAUACCGUUUAUUUCGUGUUUAACUGCUGAAACCACAAAUUAAAUAUGAUAACGAGCUUUCUUUCAAAGACAAUGCGUUGACUGAGAUAGGAGAGCUAACUCUUCCAAUUGUAAACACGAUGACGUCACUUUGGUAGAAUCGUCACCCGCGGUGAUUUGUGGAUCUCGAUCAUCAGGUCAUUCCAAACUUUCAAACCUAUGGUAACAGCCAGUACAUCUAUCGUUGUUGACUCGCCAGUUUCAGAGAAGAAAAAGGGAGCUUGACUGAAUAUGGUUUAGUUACGACAAUUCUAUUUACAGUCUACUUGUAGAUCAAACCGUCAUGGGAUAUUUCAGGGUCAUAUUGUUAAUGCAACUAGUUGCCGUUGUAAAGCUUGUUCACAUUCCGAGGGAACAAUGGCCGAGGCUUGGCGACCAAAUAACCCAGGAUAUUCUGGAUUCAAUUCAAACAUUUGAUCUUCUUAACCAAGAACUCUCCAUGGGAUUUUUUGUAAGAGGAGUCGCGGGCCCCCAGGGACCUCCGGGAGCAAAAGGUCCCCUUGGUAGUUCCGGAAUCACUGGAUCAGCUGGCAUGCCAGGAUGGCCUGGUCCCCCAGGACAGCAUGGCCAGGUUGGGUUACCAGGACCACCCGGACCUCCAGGGCCACAGGGGCCCCCAGGGGCAAAAGGAGGAAUGGGAUUCGGAGGCUUGCCAGGACAGGUCGGAAUGCCCGGAGUCCCUGGGCAUCCAAUGUGGAAGAUAACAACGGAUAUUUAUACUCCGCUAUAUACAGUGCAAACGAACGUGACCGUCAUGUGUGUUGGCGACCGUGCGUUAUUACAAUGCAGUCCUGGCAAACGAGUGAAAGUAACUCAAGCUCGGUGGGGAAAGGGUAACUCUGUGACAUGCACCAGCUCUGCACCUGCCGAUUCAUCUACCUCUACACCUAACACAAAUGUCCCAGAUCCAAGUCAUGUGACCGACCAAAUAAGGAAACGCUGCGCAAAACAACAACAUUGCGAUGUGCAGGCAAGUGCGCCAUUCUUUCAGAGUGUUCCGAGCUCGUCUAAGUAUCUAAAGGUGUGGCAUGAAUGUAUUCCUGAUGUCUCAGGGGUCAUUUUACCAACACGGACCGCAAGAAGGGAGAGAGUUGACCCCAAUAUCCAAAAGAGAGAUUUCUUUCUUCGAUCAGGUGAAAAAAAAGGCACGGGGUCUGAACCUGUCAAGUGGUACGCUGAAGGCUUGGUAACUGGUGCCUCUCGCAAUCUCAGUGGUGGCAGUGUAAAAGAAAAUGCGCACAGGGGCAAAAGCAACGAGCAAAUCUCAUCCAGAAGGAACGAAUCAGCAGCAGAGAAGGAAAAGAGAAGUGAGGGUAGCUACAAGAGCGCCCAGUUAGCCCAGGUGUUGGAUGAAUUGAUGCGACCACCUUCUGUAUACACAUAACUUAAAGAUUAAAAAAGCGAUUCGGUUCGAUUACUUAGCCAUUGUUGUAAGAACGAAUUGCUCCAGAUACAUCGAUGAGCUAGCUAAAAACGCGCACUAAAAUAACAUUUAAGAAACAUUCCGCGUGGUUGGUGCUUUCAUUGCUGUAUGAAUGCCUAGCCAUAGUGUAAUCUCUAGCCUAGUUGUCGCAUAGUCUCUAUGUGUCAAGCUUAGGCACAUUUGCACAUGUAACUAUUUACUAUUUAACCCACACCAAGCUGUAUGGAAUUAAAAUAUUCCGGCAAAAUA